UCAAAUACCAGGAACAACUCAGCCAGCACAAAGAGAAGCUUUGGGGGCAAAAAACCCCACACCCCCACCAGCGUGCACACACACACACACACACACACACACACACACACGGAAACCUAAAGUUCAUCAGGAUGGGAAAGGAGAAUGAGAAGAAAUGCCAGCACAGCACGCCCCUGAAUAACCAGACCCAGACAGGGAAGACACCCAAAGAGAAGAAAAGCACUGACUCGAGCAACAUGGAGUCCGCAAUGAAGAAGAAGCAGAAGAAAACCAAGGGGGAUCCCAAAACUGGACAGGAGGAGGAAUCCCACACUUGUGGCUGCCGUUUCCCACUGCUGUUUGCUUUGUUGCAGCUGGCAUUAGGCAUCUCUGUAACAGUGCUGGGCUUCCUUAUGGCAGGCAUCAGUUCUUCUCUGCUAGUCAGAGACACUCCAUAUUGGUCUGGGAUAAUUGUCUGUGUGGUGUCCUUAGUGGCAUUUGUUAUGCUUUGUAUUUCUUACCAACCUGAUGAGAAGACGUGUGUGCAGUUCACAGUAAAGCUGAUGUAUUUUCUCCUGAGCGCCCUGGGUCUGGUUGCCUGUGUUUUGGCAGUGGCUUUUGCUGCACACCAUUAUUUGCAGAUGACAAAAUUUACCUGCAAUACCAUCCUUAAGUCCUGCCAGUGCCGACUGGACACAGCAGACCCCCUCAGCAGGACCUUCAUCUACGAGGACGCAGCUGACUGUGACAGCCUCACCAGCAUGCUCAACCUGUACUUACUCCUGCAGAUGGUUCUCAACCUGAUCGCAGCCCUGGUGUGUCUAUCAUCAUGCUUUGUGAUGUGGAAACACAGAUACCAGGUCUUCUAUGUGGGUGUUCGGUUCUACCCUUUAACUGCUACUGAAGGCCAGUGACAGAAAGUAUGGGGUCUGGGCUGGCAGAGGGUUGUUGUCAGGGAAUGGAAAAUAUCAGUGCUGCCACCAUAGACACCAUGGAUGGAUAGAUGUUUAUAAGGUUUUUGACAAGGGAAGACAUUCACACAGUUUUAAUGGAAUGUAUUUUUCAACCAUUUUAAAAGCAUUUCAUGUGGCUGCUCUUGAAAAAGGUCUCUUGUGAGAUUAUGUAGAGGUCACAGACUCCUAAAGAUGCAGCUGUACAAAUAUGCACCAAAGAUCUUUAAUAGCCAUAGACAAAAUGAGAACUUAAAAAAACAUUUGGGAACUCAUCUGCAGGGCUACAGCCAUUAAGAAAUAGGGUCUGUUUCCAUUGCUGAUAGAUAUCUGUUCUUGCCUUCAGAGAAGCUAUAUCAAUUUCUACCAGAUAAGGAUCUGGUCCAAACUGCUUAAUUAUAAUUAUUCUGAUCAUGCUUAGGGAAUAUAUUGUCUCUUGGAUGCUCUGGGUAUAAUCGCUGCUAAACUGAUGGGGAUUUACCAUACGGAAAAAUAAUACGUAAGGUCAAGACCUCUUCAAAUGCAGGUUGAGACCAACAGCAAAGUGAACAUAUUGAUGACUGUCAUAUAAAAUAUACAUAAGAUUUUUCAGAGAGACUAUUGAUAUAGGUUACCUAAUCCAGUUGUUCAUAAACAACAAUAUGAGUGGGUUGACUAAUGGUGAUUUGGUGGGCCCUGCUUGAGACCCCAGACAGAUUUCUGAAGUAUGAGUGCUCGGCACUUUGUGAGAAGAGAUGAAUUUAAGAAACCUUGAGUUGCACUUCUGAAGUGGAAGAUCCUAAAUCACUAGACACGUUGAAAAUUAUGUUGACAUUGCUGUAAUUGCAGACUCCCAAACUUGGCGUCUAGCCAGUUCCACCAAUUAUACUCUAAGCACAAAAGGCCAAAUGCAUUUUUGGUGUAACUCCUCUGAAGACAAUCAGUCUUAUACACCAGCAGUGGAGCUGAGCCAACAGCCCUGAAAGAUAUAUCCCUGCAACAGUGAAUGUUUUUAAAAUGGGGUGGAGAGAGGGAAACAAGAUGAGACUGCCAGUCUCUCAAAGACAUCGUUUAUAAUGAUGAGGGAAAAAGAAUAAUGAUUUCUUAACAAGCAGCACAGAAUAACAAACUGCUUUCAAACCAAGCUUUUUCACCCUGAAAGUGUAGCCCUAGAAGUGGUUUACAUCAUAUUAGCCUUAUACCGAGAGAAGUAUGUUGGGUUUGUCCCUUGAACUGUCAUUUCCACUUGCACAGCAUGGAAUUCUAAAUGCAGGAGCAAUUCUGAAUAGGCAGCAUUUUGCACUGCCUGCCAAUACAGAUGGGUGCAAGGGCAAGGCAGCUGGUGCUCACACCCUGCCAUGCCUACGGAUUUCCUGAUCCCAGACAGAGCGAGGGUGGCUCUAAGGUGGGGUGGAGCAAUCACAUGCCAGAAAAACUGUGGCAUAAUCAUUAGCAAGAAGGAAGAAAAUAAAAUCUCUUUAAGGCUUCAAGGAAGCAAAACCGUUCUGUUUCUGCAGCAAAAUUAGCCACCAGGAAGACAAAAAAACAGUCUGGCAAAAUGCUAGUUAUCUAAGUAGGUCUACUCCUACCCAAAAACUGUCUUCCAUGUGGUGAUCACACAUCAACCCAGGGCUCACCCUGGCAUACCUCUGGGGUCAGAAGAUGACAGCAUAUUUAAGUCUCCUGUGGUGCAUCUAAAGCACUGCUUGGUGUACGUGCUCAAGUUUUUGUCAUGGAAAGUUCUUCUAGAGUAGACGUAGUAUCACCAAGGUGCUAUCUGCAAAACUGCAAAGUAAGGAGCUUCAGAAAAUCAACAUUUUUGAGACCAGCUUCCAAAUGGCCUUUUUUAUGCACCUAAAAAUAACAGUCACUAGUAAUCAUGGCUGCAGGACUCAUUUGCAAGGGUGUCCAUUUGCUUGUUUGCUUGUUUACGUGUUGCCACACAUCCAAAGUCCUAAGCCUGGCUCCCAGGCGUGCUCAGAGCAAGCUGAGACAGUAGUGGAUUGUGUGGGCAGGUUGGCAAUGUAAGACCUGGCUGCCAGCAUCGGUGGGGCCGUCUGUGCAGUGGUGGGAACCAGCCCGUUUCCCCUGAAUCUGGCAGAGCAUGCUGCAAGCAGCGCCCCUGGACCUCUGCCAGGGCCAGCCUACUGUACGGGAUGGAUCCAUAGGGGUGCCUCUCACCUGCUGCUUGUACUCAGAUGUUGGUAUGUCCCCCAUCCGUCAUGUGACUCCAGCUGUGCUUCCUGUGGAAACAUAGGGUGGAGGAUACACCUUCCUCCCAUAUACACAACACUUGCUGUGCCUGCUCCUCCCUCCUGCCAAAAAUGUGGGCUCUCCUCUCCACAAAGAAGAUACCAAGAAGCAGGAAAGGGACUAAGAGGAGGAUGAAUAACAGCUGAGCUUUGGGGCUCCCUCCUGCUCUCACCACUAGGCGUUGCGCCCCAAUGGCUGGUGAAGCAAGAGGAAGGCUCCUCUGGUAGAGCAGGGCAUGCCUCCCACCCUACCCUUUCCAAAGUGCCCUUGUUGUUCAGAAGAUAACUUGAUCUGUGCUGCAUGCAGGCUGGCAGCAGCAAGCUGUUGUGGGAAACAGCUGGCUGGCCCUGGACAAGCGCCAUUUUCACCAGAGCCAGGCUUUUGUCUCCUUAAUCUUUUGACCACAGCCUCUACCACAUAUUUUCACUCCCUGUCUCCCAUCACCUCCCAACUGCUGGGCUCCUGGAGGCCAGCCCCUGUUAGAUUUGGUUGAGCUUGUGUUGCCUGGCCUCUGCCUACUCACCCCCGAGCUUAAAUUUGCUCUAGAGCACAAAAGACGCAAUGGUGAUGAUCACAGAGUCACUGCAAAUGCCUUCAGUGCGGCGAUGGGGAGAAGAGAGAUGUGGAUAAGAGAUCCUGCUCCACUUAGCAAGCUGUGCACCUCCAUAACAGCGCACUCUCUGCCUUGAGACACCGAGCCACCAUUGCUCAAGUUUGGUUCACUAAUCAGCACAUUGCAGCUUAACCCUUUGCUUGUGAAGAAAGCGAUAUUCAUUAUAUAUUCUGUUGGUGUUUUAAUGCUUAAUGAAUAACUAUGGGGCAUUUUGAUCUAGUAAAGCCCAACUUCUG